CAUCAACGGACCACGCGUGUGCCUUGUGAGAGUAAGACACCGAGAGUUGCCGUCGGCUUUCUUCCUCGCUUCUUGUUUCGAGAUUUAUAGCCGCCAUUGCUCUCUGAAAGACAGUUGUUUUCGCCAUUUGUGUAUUGUCAAUAAGAGUGAAGAGGUGCUGCUCUUCCCCGCAAUCUCCGUACCCCACCAAACCCCUCCUUCAGCCAUGGCCCUGAGCGCACGAACAGCUUCAAGAGCUCUACGAGCCGCCAAGGCACGUCCUUUUGUCUCAGUGCAAACAUGCAGCUACUCGGCCUCCGCAGAGCCAGAUCUCAAGGAAACCUUCAAGAGAGUCCUGCCGGCUAAGCGCGAGCUGCUGAAGAAGGUCAAAGCCCACGCCGACAAGAAGCUCGGCGAUGUCAAGGUGGAAAAUGCCCUGGGCGGAAUGAGAGGCCUAAAAGCCAUGGUAUGGGAAGGCUCGGUUCUCGACGCAAACGAGGGCAUUCGAUUCCACGGCAAGACCAUCAAGGAUUGCCAGAAGGAGCUUCCCAAGGGCACAUCGGGCACUGAGAUGCUUCCCGAGGCCAUGUUCUGGCUUCUGCUCACAGGCGAAGUCCCUUCAGUAUCACAGACUCGUGCCUUGUCGCGAGAGCUCGCUGAAAAGGCAGGCAUUCCCAAGUUCAUCGAGAAGAUGCUGGACGACUUCCCAAAGGACCUCCAUCCUAUGACCCAGCUCGCAAUAGCCGUGUCAGCGCUGAACUACGAGUCCAAGUUUGCGAAAGCGUACGAAAAGGGCAUCAACAAGGCCGACUACUGGGAGCCGACCUUUGAUGACAGCAUCAGCCUGCUCGCGAAGCUGCCAACCAUUGCCGCCAAGAUCUACCAGAAUGCCUACCGCGGCGGCGGCGCCCUCCCCAGCGAGGUCGAUCUCAACCAAGACUGGGCUUACAACUUUGCUUCCAUGUUGGGCAAGUCUGGAAAGAAGAAUGAGGGUUUCCAGGAUCUUCUCCGUCUGUACCUUGCUCUGCAUGGUGACCACGAGGGCGGCAACGUCUCUGCACACGCAACCCAUUUGGUCGGCUCCGCGCUCAGCGACCCCUUCCUGAGUUACAGUGCUGGUCUCCAGGGUCUUGCCGGUCCCUUGCACGGUCUGGCUGCCCAGGAGGUGCUCCGCUUCAUCCUCGACAUGCAGAAGUCUGUCGGUGACAAGUUCACGGAGAAGGAUGUCAAUGACUUCCUGUGGAGCGUCCUCAAGUCUGGACGAGUCAUCCCUGGUUACGGCCACGCUGUGCUCAGGAAGCCCGACCCGCGUUUCGAGGCUCUUAUGGAUUUUGCCGACGCCCGACCUGAGAUCGCAGCCGACCCCGUCUACCAACUCGUCAAGAAGAACUCUGAGGUCGCUCCCGGUGUGCUCACCGAGCAUGGAAAGGCAAGAAACUCUCGUCGCACACAUAUUGAACAGACCAAGAACCCCUACCCCAACGUCGAUUCGUCCUCCGGUGUCCUAUUCCACCACUACGGCUUCACCGAGACACUCUACUACACUGUUACGUUUGGUGUCAGCCGCGGUCUCGGCCCGCUCGCACAGCUCAUCUGGGACAGGGCAUUGGGUCUGCCCAUCGAGCGCCCCAAGUCCAUCAACCUUCAAGGCAUCCUGAACCAGGUUGGUGCUUAAACGCGGGGUGACCAAAGAAGGGAUUGGGGCGGUCGAUGAAAAGAAUACCACGAACUGAUGUAAAUACCAAUAUGCAGCGUUGAUAGCUCAACCAGAAUAGAUCUCUCUCACGAUUCUCGA